CUGCAGUCGGUAAAUGGACGUUUGAUGUGGUGUUUGUCAAGAUUGUGCUAUUGUGUGUUUACAGUGAUUUUUAUCCCGUGACUAUAAUCCGGAUUGAAGUUAACCUUUUAAGGAGUAGAUGAAGGUGACAGAAUGUCUCGCAACAAGGACCGGCAUGAGGGCGCUAGUGGGCGCACGUAUCACAUUAUGUCGGAAGCGGAGCGGGCAUCUGGCAGGCGCGGAGCCUGGGCAACGCUUGAGAUAACAGGAGGUGUGCGCGCGCUGGCGCCGCAACUGUUCCAACUGACGCACCUGACGGCGCUGUAUCUGAACGACAAUUCCCUGCAGCGCAUACCUCCGGACAUAAACCAGCUGGUGAACCUUCACACGCUGGACAUGUCAAACAACAAGCUGAGAGCUCUGCCCGCGGAGUUAGGAGACCUCAUACAGCUCAGAGAGCUACACCUUCACAAUAAUUAUUUAAGAGUACUGCCUUAUGAUCUCGGGAAACUGUUCCAUCUCCAAAUGCUCGGUCUGCAAGGGAAUCCGCUCAGUAAAGAGAUGCUCUCCAUUUACAAUGACAGCAACGGUACUGCCAAGCUGUUGACCUAUCUACUUGAUAAUAUGCAAGUUACUGCCACACUCCCACCACAGAGGCCUUGGAUCCCACUUACGAGACCCAACAGGACUCGUCCGACAUGUAUAUUUACGGUGAUGUGCUACAAUGUACUCUGCGACAAAUAUGCAACAAGACAGAUGUAUGGUUACUGUCCUAGCUGGGCUCUCGAGUGGGACUAUCGGAAGAAGGGCAUCCUUGAUGAAAUAAGACACUACUCCGCGGACAUCAUAAGCUUACAGGAAGUUGAAACGGAUCAGUUCUAUAACUUCUUUCUACCGGAACUGAAACAAGACGGUUAUGAUGGCAUCUUCUCUCCGAAAUCCCGAGCGAAGACGAUGUCCGAGUCGGAAAGAAAAUACGUCGAUGGUUGUGCGAUAUUCUUUAGAUCUGCUAAAUUCUCACUAGUAAAGGAACACCUUAUAGAAUUCAAUCAGCUAGCGAUGGCUAACAGCGAGGGUUCAGACAAUAUGUUAAAUCGAGUCAUGCCGAAAGAUAAUAUAGGUUUAGCCGCUCUGCUGAAAACUAAAGAAGCUGCUUGGGAAAACGGCGUGCCAACGGAUUCGUCCACAUUAGCACAACCGAUACUAGUUUGUACGGCACACAUCCACUGGGAUCCGGAGUUCUGUGACGUGAAACUGAUCCAGACGAUGAUGUUGAGCAACGAACUGAAAAGUAUUAUGGAGGAUUCGGCAAGGACACUCCGCCUCAGCGGACAGAAAGACAACGUGCAACUGUUGCUUUGCGGUGAUUUUAAUUCGUUGCCGGAUAGCGGUGUAGUAGAGUUUCUGUCUGCUGGGCGUGUGUCAUCUGAGCACCGAGAUUUCAAGGAGCUCGGGUACGCGUCAUCUCUCCGUCGUAUGCCGGGCUCGGAACACGAGUUCACGCACAACUUUAAAUUAGCCUCCGCAUACAGCGAAGAUAUCAUGCCCUAUACUAAUUACACGUUCGACUUCAAGGGUAUCAUCGACUACAUAUUCUACAGCAAGCAGUCGAUGACGCCGCUGGGUCUGUUGGGGCCGCUGUCUCAAGACUGGUUCAGGGAGCACAAGGUGGUGGGCUGUCCACACCCACACAUACCAUCAGAUCAUUUCCCACUGUUGGUAGAGUUAGAGAUGUACCCGCCAUCCGCCAGCAGCAACGGACUGAUCGGGCGCAGGUAGCACCCGCCAUGCGCGUCCGACACGACACGCGUACGACACGCGCGACACACGUGAGACACGCGUCACGACAUACAAUGAUCCGCGCUAAUGUCGUACCCAGGGGCGGAUGUUUUAUGUUAAUUGACUCGCAAGAUAUUUUGUAUUUUUGGACGUAUUUGUAACUAAAUUAGCGGAAUUCUUUUUUAAUUUAGCGUUGGACACUAAUCCGCCCCGGGCCAAGAAACAUCCGACGCCGGAUCAGUGUGUGUCGUACGUCAUUGACGAGAUACGUCAUUGUGAACCGAGAAAUAUUAAAGUGACCAAUUUUAUGGACAUAAUAAAGAGCAUAUUUGUAUUGCAUUUUUAGUUUACUGUACCGCAUACUGAUGUUAUACGAACAGUAACGUAUCUCCGUAUAAGUGAUGCCUUAGUAAUAUUGUAAAUUUUUCAUAGUAUACAUUUUGUCCGUUCGAACGGUUUUACUGGAGGUGUUCGUCGCUCCGGGCGUCGGUUGGAUGACAAUUUAUUUUUUUAAACAAUCUGACAUUAUGAACAGCUUAUAAAUUAUGGAGAGUAAUAUUUUUUCAACGGUCAUGAGACGGGCAGGUUCUUAGUUUAUUAUGUACAGUCGAGGAAUAGGUAUCGCUGUCUGAGACUGACGAAUGGCAAAUUAUUCGGGACUCUUCGCUCUCGACUCAGGUGCAAUAACGCAAUCCGCUUUAAGACAUUAAAAUAACUGGUGCAAUUAUGCAAUUUUAUUUAUGUUUUAUACGCUAGAUGUUUAUCGGUGACGUGUUCGUCAGUUUUCGACCAUUGUACAUUUCUUUUUAAUUUUUAAUUAUUAUUAUUAUUAUUUUUUUUAAUAAAUUCUCUCGUUUUAAAUUGCACAAAGUCGUUUUACGAUGCAUACGUCCAUUUACCCUUUAGAUUUAAUUCCUCCACUGUAUAUAACAUUUAGGUAUUUUUUUUAGACGGGCGUUUUAUGCAAUGCGCGGUUGUGAGAUCUGUGUGCGGCGUGCGUCGGCGCGGUGGAGACGGAGUCUUAUAAUUAGUUUACUCUCGGUUCUUGAAUUAUCGAUCGAAUAAAUAGACAAUUAGUAUAAUGUGAUUGGUCCGUCCCAUCGAUCGCUGUCUCAUGAGCCACGAACGAUCGGUGACGUGUCGAGUGACGUGCCCCGGUGUUUGUGUCUCGCCUGUGUCAGAACAAAGUCGGACGCUCCUAGGUUAAUGACAUUCUGUGUUUCAACAAACUUCUCAGCGAGAUAAUGUUUUUUUUGUUUCUUCAUGUCAUCCGAGUGUUGCUGCUGCGGCGUGUCCGUGAAGUCACCAUCGAUCGAUCCUCGCUUAGCCUAUAAGUAAUCUCCGUUGUUUUCACAAAUUUUAUAUUUUACAAAAGUAGUUUGUGAGUUCCGUUUUGUUCGGUUCAGUAUUGUAAUUCGUGGAUGUUUUAAAAUCUUCGCGUCUCUGCAUUUUAUUUUAGUUUUUUGGUCUGGAGUCGAUCGAUGAUGAUAUUGUCUAGUAGUAGCGGGUAGCAUACUGGCGUAGUACAAAUGUAUGUGUGAAUGUUGGUUGGCGUCGUGUCGAGAUCGUCUCUCAUUGGUCAAUAAUCGUCUGUCGUGUGUCACGAUUGGUCGGUUCUCAUCCGCGUUCCGUUCAUUGAUUGGUCAAUUAGGUUUUUCGCAAUUAGUUCUAUUUGGUUCUGUCUGCUAUGAUUGGUCAAUACUUGAUAAAUUUCGUUCUUCUAUUUCAUAAUCUGUCAGCGUUUGUUCAUAAUUCAAAUGAUUACCGUCCGUCUUAAUAGUAAUUAAAGCUUUUGUGAUUAACGGAUCAAUUUAAAUCGUAUUUCACAGUGUAUAGAAUUUUUCGUGUCCGAAUUAAAUGUCAAUGUGAGUACUGUUCAUUAAAUGUAAUCAAAGUGUUGGGGACGUAUUUGUAUAUGGAAGGUCUUUGGUUGGCUUAUGAUGGGUCACAUCGUAAUUUCAAGUCUAUCGUCUGGCUCCUCGCGAGUUUGUCAUCAACUAAACUAGUCAUACCAAGUUUAGAUACGAUUCGCUCUCUUAAACAUAUUUUGUUAAUAAAAUCUUCUUUAUUUGGACAUUUUAUUACGUUACUUCGUAAUAUUAGCCGUUCUGAAUCAUGAUAUAGUAUUUUUGCAUCAAAAUAUAUAUUAUUUGAGCUAAAUUCUUGGACAUUUGUCACACCAAUCACGGGCAGUUUCAUAGUUUAGUCUGCAUCAAUCAGUUCUGUCUUUCUUUGAACGCAUCAGACAUGUUCAAGGUCAAGCAACGCCAUUGUGAUAUCUAAGUGUUUCUAGACGUUGGAAUAAAGCUGAGCCCAAUCAUGUGAAGCGUAUAUUAUUUAGAGGUCUGUGUUCGUCGUUCUCUACUAUAGAUGAAGCAGUUAUUAUAUAUUUUUUGUUGAUUCUGAUAUAAUUUUUCAAAGUACAUAUAGAUUAUGACGAGUCAUAUCAUGUUGGUCAGAGUUUUGUUUUCGUGUAAAUUAUUCUAGUGUAGGUUACUAGCUGAUUGUUCUUCCUGCGUGAGCACAAAUUUAGCAAUAUUCAUGUUUCAACGAAUGUAAUGCCUUCACCUACGAUGUUUCUCUAUUUGUGUAUAGCGCAUUGUCUAUUUAUUAAGUACCAGUGUAUCUGGGUCCUGGGUCGGGGGAGGUCUGUUCGGUUCUGGAGGUCUGCGUCAUUGGUCACCUUUAUCGUCACGUUUGUCCACCAAUUUUGAACAACGGCCAAAUUUUAAGAGCAAAUCCUAAAGUCUGAAAACAUAGAUGCUACUUUUAUAUAUCUCCUUUGUUAUUUCGAGUACUUACGAACAUAUUUUUAUUUAGUGAGGUAUAAUAUUGUAUAAAAGUAAAGAAAAUUCCAUACAUUUCAAAUUAAGUUCGACAAAGAUAUUAUUUAUUGCUGAAGUUUUAUAAUAUUUACGUAGUUGUAGUGAUGAAUUUGUUCCUUUGUUUGCUUCAACUGAGACUCACUCUGAAUAGUACAUACCUUGUUUAAGGCGAAGUUUCGAGCUAAGUACAAUACGGAAGCGUUCAAGUUAAACACACCGAAAUACUAUCACUACUUUCUAUUAUAAGAGCUUUAUUAUUUGUAGUUGAAAUGUGAUCUCUUUAAUUUUAAUACAAUUUUGAUGGUCAAUUUUACUUAAAACAUGUACCUUAUGUCGAAUAGGAAUUUUGUAAAGUCAUACGUUCUACGAAACAAUCAGUUUGUACUUUGUAUAUUCAUAAAAUUAAAAAAAAUAUAUAUGUAUCCGAACCGCUCUCAUGUGGAAUUAUUUGUGUAUAUAUGUUUUAUGUGUAACAUUGAAAAUUGUAUAUUUUAAGCUGUGUUAUAAUAUAAUGUCAUCAUUAUUAACAUUGUCAAGAGAAGCCUUUAAUUAUUACUAUUAUUUUUUUUUUUGUAUAAUUGAUUUUUUAAUUACUGGAAUUAUUGGUGUACAACGAGCCGUCGGAUGUGUCGCUUGAUUUCUGAACGCACUGACGCCAUUAAUAUCUAUAUCCUUAUUAGGUACAGAUAAUGAAUGUUUUUUAUCUGUGAAACGUCAGUGUCAACGUCAUGUGGCGUGAUAUCGACAGACAUUCCGCAGACCUAAUCGAAUUAGCUCAAUGCAAAAGACUGUUUGAGACUUUAAUGAAAGAAUAAUAUCAUAAUAAAGAAACAAUAAAAGUAUAAUAAUAAUAAAAAAAAAAUAUUUUCUGAAGCACCUUAACGAGUUUACAAAACGUGUUUUAUGGUGAUUUAAUGAUAAUAUCGAAAUGUAUAACUCACUAGUACGUAAGGACAGAUGCUUAACCAUACUGUGAUCCGUAACACUAAUACACCAGAGAAACACCAUAGGCCUUUAUGAUAUAAAAAUAUAAAUCUUAUGAAGACGUAACUAUGUAUUUGUAUGCUGACAAGUUUUGAAAGCGUUGCUUGAUUUUGUAUACGUCACGUCUGUGUACCGUAAUUAAUAUAUCGAUCGUGUCUUAAAUUAUACCACGUAAUAGUAAGUAUUGAUAAUGUUGACAGAUGAAUCUUUUUAUAGGUAUAUUUAUAUUUUUAUUUGCUUUGAAUUUCUUACAAAAUCAAACAACGUCUUUACGAUGAGAAAUUAACUUUAAAAGUACAAAGUACGUAUGUGGGAUGUUCGUUAUUGGAUCGUAGUGUUGGAGCGAUCGGAUGCGCGUGUGUGUGUGUACGUGUGUGUGCGGCUGUGGUUGUGUGCGUGAGGCCACGCGGCCCGCGUCUCGCUGUGCUGUUUGUUGACACAUUAUGUAUAUUUGAAAUGAAUCAAAUUAUAAGAUAAUAUGAAUUUUA